UCUCUCUCUCUCUCUAUCUCUCUAUCUCUAGCUCUCUCUGUUGCUCUUCAGUCUGACUAGAAGCUAACAGCUAACCUGAACAGUAAAGAUGCUAUUGGACCCAUAAACAGAGUAACGGCGGCUCUGCUGGGCUCAGUACCGGCUCUUUGAACUCUUAUCGAGUCAGCUGGGCUCUUGCUGGGUUCGGGUUCUGGUUGCUGUGACGGUGGACGGGCUGAAUGGCCAUGUAGCUCCGUUAGCAUGUUUCGGCUGUUGGGCCACUUUCUCCACCGUUCGGCUCAUUAGCAGCAGUCCGCCUGUUAUCGCUCCUCUAUGGGGGGAGUAUCUAUUUGUGUUGCAGUUAGAUAACCGUAUUUCAUCUCAACAUGUGUCGGUGUGUUGAACCAGCGGAGCAUUUUCCCGUUAUGAAUCCUUUAACCAGCUAGUAAGAACCGCAGCGCUGCUAGCUGAAGCUAACGGGCUCGGAUGUCUUUGUUUCCAGCGGCGCAGGUCAACCGCGGCCGUUAGAGGAGGAUUUUAUGGAGAUUUUAACGCGUUGAGUCUGGAUCUGGUGUUUUUAUUUUUUAUUUUUAAUGUGGUCAGCUGACAUGCAGCGCUCUCUUCUGUGACCUUGGUAUCAUCGCAUCAGAUCGAUCAGAAAUAAGCCCAACAGCUGGUUCCGACUCCCGGGUUACUAUGGCCCUCAGUUCAGACUGCAGGCAGAGGGUCGUCUACCUGCUGCUCCUGUCAGGAUGCAUUGCUUCUUCUCAGAAGAAUGACAACGUCUACGUGUCUGGAUUUUCUAACGCCUGCGGCGACGUGGCCGAGCUCCUGUGGGCGUCCAGCGGCGUCAUCACCAGCCCCGGCUGGCCCUUCCAGUACCCGGCCAGGCUCAACUGCAGCUGGAACAUCAGGGCCCGACCCGGGGACUCCAUCACCAUCAGUUUCCAAGACUUCGACCUGCAGGGUUCUCACCGCUGCACCUCAGACUGGAUGUCCAUCAGCAGCUACAGGAGCCUGGACGGCCUGCGGGUCUGCGGCUCCUCCCUGCCGCCCCCUUACAUCUCGUCCCAGGAUCACGUCUGGAUCCACUUCCACUCUGACGACGGCCUGGCGGGGAAAGGCUUCCGGCUGUCCUACAUCACCGGUAAACCGGAGGCGUCCAGCUGUGAUGUGGACCAGUUCCACUGCUCUAAUGGGAAGUGCAUCCCGGACUGGUGGCGCUGUAACUCCAUGGAUGAAUGCGGGGAUAACUCGGACGAAGAGCUGUGUGUGGACUCGCCGUUUUCCUUCCAGCCCUGCAACCUGAACCAGUUCCCCUGCUUGUCCCGCUACACCCGGAUCUACACCUGCCUGCCCCACAGCCUGCGCUGCGACGGCAGCAUCGACUGCCAGGAUCUCGGCGAUGAGAUCGACUGCGACGUUCCCACCUGUGGCGAGUGGCUGAGGAACUUCUACGGCUCCUUCAGCUCCCCAAACUACCCCGACUUUUACCCCCCAGGAAGUAACUGCACCUGGCUGAUUGACACUGGCGACCACCGGAAGGUCAUCCUCAGGUUCACCGACUUUAAGCUGGACGGAACCGGCUACGGCGAUUAUGUUAAAGUCUACGACGGUCUGGAGGAGAACCCUCGCCGCCUCCUCCGGGUGCUGACGGCGUUCGACUCCAGAGCGCCCGUCGCCGUGGUUUCCUCCUCCGGCCAGCUCAGAGUUCACUUCUACGCCGACAAGAUCAACGCCGCCAGAGGCUUCAACGUCACCUACCAGGUGGACGGGUUCUGCCUGCCCUGGGAGGUUCCCUGCGGGGGGAACUGGGGCUGCUACACGGAGCAGCAGCGCUGCGACGGCUACUGGCACUGUCCGAACGGCCGGGACGAGCUGAACUGCUCGUCCUGCCAGGAGGACGAGUUCCCCUGCUCCAGGAACGGAGCCUGCUACCCGCGCUCCGACCGCUGCAACUACCAGAACCGCUGUCCCAACGGGUCGGACGAAAAAAACUGCUUCUUCUGCCAACCUGGGAACUUCCACUGCAAGAACAACCGCUGCGUGUUCGAGUCGUGGGUUUGCGACGCGCAGGACGACUGCGGCGACGGCAGCGACGAGGAGAGCUGCCCCAUCAUCGUCCCCACCAGAGUCAUCACCGCCGCCGUCAUCGGCAGCCUGAUCUGCGGCCUGCUGCUGGUCAUCGCCCUCGGCUGCACCUGCAAGCUUUACUCGCUGCGCAUGUUUGAGCGCAGGUCGUUUGAGACGCAGCUGUCCAGGGUGGAGGCGGAGCUGCUGAGGAGGGAGGCUCCGCCCUCCUACGGCCAGCUUAUCGCUCAGGGCCUGAUCCCCCCGGUGGAGGAUUUCCCUGUCUGCUCUGGCAACCAGGCGUCGGUUCUGGAAAACCUCCGCCAGGCUGUGCGCUCUCAGCUCGGCUUCACCUCCAUCAGACUUCCCUCCUCUGGCCGCCAUCGCAACCUGUGGCGCCGACUCUUCACCUUCUCUCGAUCUCGCCGCUCCGGUUCUCUGGCUCUCGUUUCUGCUGACCUGGAGGACAGCUCCGGCACUGGGAGCACUGGGAGCUCCGGCUCGGACCUGCUGUCUCCCGACUCCGACGACACCGACACAGAGGGCGAGCGAGGGCGAGGGGUCGGCGCCGUGGGCGGGCCCGUCGCCCCGCUGCCUAACAAAACCCCGCCUCCAUCCGCCGUGGAGGCCGUCGGGUCGGUGGCGCCGUCUGUGGCCUCGACGCCCAGCCGAGACCGCGAUCGGCCCAGAGAAACCCCGCCCCCGUCCAGCCCGGUUACCGUGGUAACGACCAGCUCUGAUCCGGACGUUUCCGAGCCCCAGCCUCCUUCGUCCACCGCCCUGCAGCGCCUGGCCCAGAACCUGCACCGCCUCGCCAGGAAUCUGACCAGAACUAACCAGAACCAGCAGAACCAACCGUGGACCAAUCAAAGCCCACUGCGCCAGCUGGAGACGGGAAGAAACGACCCUGAGGCUGCUGAGCGACGGGAAAGCAGAGAGGAAGAGGAAGACGUUGAGCUCCUCAUCCCUGCCUCUGACUCGGACUCUUCAUCUUCCUCCUCUUCAUCGCUUAGCGACAUACGGCAGCCUCUCCUGGAGCCGCACCCGUCCUGCGCCGCCGCCCCGGUCCACCAUCCCCACCGCGCAGGCGGCCGGGGGGGACGGGACGGCACCUGUGAACACUGCGGGAUGGUCCACACCGCUCAGAUCCCUGACGCCUGCCUCGAGGCCACGGGCAAGACGGAGAGCAGCGACGACGAGCUCCUGCUGCUCUGCUAGCAGGCUAGCCUGCCAGCUAACAUGCUAACUGUCCAGCGUUUCCUCAUUCAUUGGCUACCAUGCUCACUGAUUGGCUAACAAGACAACAUGUCAUCUUCCAAGUAACAUUACUAACACAUCUCUUAAAUUUACUCUUCUGCUAGCUAACUUCAGGGCUGCCAUUCUUUUACUCUGAAGCUGCAUCAUGCUAACUCGCUAAACUUGCUAACCCAGAAUAACAAAUUAACACUUCAUUUCUAACAAGCUAGCUAAUGCUAUGAAUGCCACCCAGACGUUUCACUUCAUAUAGCUAACUAUCUAGCUAACAAUGCUAACACGUCACACUGUGCUAAAGCUACUAAUUAAUUUCUUUUUCAGUUUGUUAGCAUGCUAGCUGGAUUAAAGGUUAAAGAUAAAUGUACCAAACAGACACUUUGGUGUGAUGUCACUGGUUCCUAUUGGUACGACCAAAAAAACAAAAAGUCUUGUGGUUCCUCUGCUGUUUGUUUGCCGCCUGCCAACCCCACGUGUUCAGCCACCAAUUCGCUGCUUCGCUGUUUUGUUACCCAAAUUUCUUUGAGUAUGAAACAGUACUGUUUACUAUUAGAUACAAGACUCCAAUCAAUAAUAUCUACCAGCAAUAGGGUACUUAGCAUUUCUUUAGUUUGAUCACACAACACUGCUAACAACUUUGCUUCAUAUGUCCCUUACACUAUAUUAUUAAAUUCUGGGUUAGAUUUGGGCUUUUUAUUCUCACUAUUAAUCUCAGAAUUUAAAAUCCAUCCAUCCAUCCAUUUUCUAUACACCUUUUGUCCCUAAUGGGGUCGGGAGGGUUGCUGGUGCCUAUCCCCAGCUAAUGUUCCGGGCGAGAGGCGGGGUUCACCCUGGACAGGUCGCCAGUCUGUCGCACAGAAUUUAAAAUGCUUUCAUAUAUAGGUGGUACAAAUGUUUCUGUUUAAAUGUUUUUGAAAGUAAGAAGAGACUAACCUAGUUGUCGGCAAAGAGGCAAAAUUAUCGAAAUGCCUCUUGUUCCCUCUCGCAGGCAAAUGGCGCUUCAUCGUCUUCUCACGCUAACAUGCUAACUGAUCUACUGACAUGCCAACAUCCAAGUAACAUUAUAAACACGUUAGCUUCAGGACUGCCAUCAUUUUUCUGUAAAACUAUACCAAGCUAACGCACUAAACCUGAGACUAACAUGCUAACAGAGCAACAAGUUAACUUUUCAUUUCCAACAAGCUAGCUAAUGCUAUAAUGCCACCCAGAGCUUUCACUUCAAAUGCCUAGCUAGCUUACAGUGCUAGCAUGUCACACUGGAUUAGAGCUUCUGUCUAAUUUCUUUUACAGUUUGUUAGCAUGCUAGCUGGAUUAAAGGUUACAGAUAAAUGUACCGAUCAGAGUCUUGGGUGUGAUGUCACUGGUUCCUAUUGGUAUGACCAAAAAAACUAAACGGUUUGUGGUUCCUCUGCUGUUUGUUUACCGCUUGCCAACCACGCGUUCAGCCACCAGCCAUUUCGCUGUUAUGUUACCGGUUUAACAGAUUUUUAUUUUUUUUUGUUGAGACGGUGUUGUUUAAACCAUUAAACACAAGAAAAUGUGGUCAUAAGACUCCAAUCAAUAAUAUCUACCAGCAAUAGGUCUCUUAGAAUUAAAUCAAGAAAUUCUGGGUGAGAUCUGGGCUUUUCUUCUCACUAUUUAUAACAGAAUUUCAUAAAAAUAUUUAACUGUAGCAAAAAAUAAACUGGUACGCUGUGGCUUAAGGAUAUAGGUACGCAUUUUAUUGUUUACAGAUACAAAAUGGAGGCAAGACUAAGAGGUUGUCGGCAAAGAGGCAAAAUGACCCAAAGCCAUCAUGUUCACUUGUUAUUCAUCGCAGGCAAAUGUUCUGCUUAACGGUACGACAGUAAUGAUCAGACUGAUGAUUCUCUGUAGUCAAGAACGGAAUUGUUUGAUAAGGAAACCAUACGACAGGGUGAUUUGUGGGAACUCCUGAUCAAAUGGAAACGUUUCAAAGGUCCCUCCAUUUCUAAAGCUGCUGGUUGAGUCUGUUUAAGGGAAAUGAUGAGGAUCAUGUGACCAGUGGAGGUUUCCAAAGAGGCCUGCUAGCAGGCUGACUUUAUUUUAGGUUUUGUUUCCCUGUGGCCAAUAUAAACAUCUUACUGUUGAUUUGUAUGCUGAUAUUAGCCCUCAGCUGUUAGAUAUCGGGACAAAGUUUUAUCCUGUUACUGAAUAUAAAGCACAAUGUCAUUUUAUUAACCUUUAAUUUAAUAUUUUUAUAACUAAAUCCUCACUUAGAGAUCCUGGUCAUGUGAUCCUCAUCGCGGUUUCGAAAGCUGGGGGGGUUUUUCCGUCCUUAAUGCCGCUUGUUCUGGAUCUGAAAACGUGUCUCGCCCGCUCCAGUUGUUGGGUUUUUCUUCUCAUUUACUUAUGAUAGUUUCUAAAACAAGAAAUGAGACCAAAAAGUCCAAGAAGAACCACAACUGGAACGAAAAGCUGCGUUGAUCACAUCUGCAUUAUAAACGUCGUGUUUUUAGUUUGUGGCUCCUCUUUUCCCGACCCGAACUGAAGCCAUUCAAGCGUCUGUAUUUCUGAUCCUCGUUACUGUUUUGGUACUCGGCUGACCUUGUGUGAGUGUGAUUGUGUAUAUUUAUUAUUAUUAAUAUUACUGUGGUUAUUAUUAUUGUGUUAAGUUGUUGUUGUGAAGCUGUUUUUUCUGACUUGCAUGAUCCAACUUGUUUGGUGUUUUUCUUUGAGUCUGUAAAACUAAAACCUGGUAAACUGCACUAAGGAUUAAAGGUUCACAUCAAGUGAA